GAAACACCCACAUGAAUAGCAAAUUUCACUUCGGGCUCCAUCUUCUUCAUCAGCAAUCAAUCGAUCAAUCAAAUCGUUAGCCGCCAUGAGCAAUCUGAUUCAAGAAUCUUCAGAACCUCAAAACCCAGAAGAACCUUUCGAUCCCUUCCAUUCCCGUUUCUCUACCCUCUGCCUCAACCCCUCCGCCGUCGACCCUUCACUUUGUUCUUCAUGCGCCCGCCGUCAUCCUCGCUCUGCUGCCACUCCCAUGAAACGCCCCACCCCAACGCCGCCGCAACAACACCCCUCCAAGAAUCUCUUUCUUGAUCAUCAACAACCCGAUUCCACCUUCUCCAAGAUCGAUCUCCCCAUUCCUUUUGAUCCCUCUGUUUUUCCUCUCCGCCGCUCUGUUUCCGACCCCACAGAAGCCCGGAAUUUCUCCCCUACGCCGGUCAUUCAAUCCCCGGCUAAACGUUUAUGUCUCAACUCACCACUGCCUCCCCUUCCUCUCCGGCGUACUGUCUCUGACCCAAAUCCCUCCCCUGAAAAAACUUCCGAUUCCCCAAUUAAAAUUGGGAAAGACAACCCUGAAUCAAAGAGACUUAGAAGGAUUAAAGAUCGAUUGAAGGAGAUGAAUCAAUGGUGGAAUGAAGUGAUGAGUGAAGAACAGGAUGAAAAUGAGACAAAAAAGAGUGAUUGUUUGAAGGAAGAAGAAGAAGAUGAAGAAACAGUCGGAGUGGAGAGAGUCGGUGAUUCAUUGGCGUUACAUUUGAAGUGUUCAUGUGGGAAAGGAUUCGAGAUUCUUCUUUCUGGAAGAAGCUGUUUCUACAAGCUGCUGUAGAUCGAUUCUUGUAUUCGAUUUUCUCAAGUUUUAAUGA